UUUUGCAAGUCAAACAAGUCAGACUUCAGCCUCCAGGCGAUGAACAUGUCACUGCAGUCAGCAGAGCGCCCCAAGUUACGGGCAUCAGUGUUAAGGGGGUUCAAGGUGAGUCAAGACGGAAGCUGCUUCUAUAGGUGCAACGGACACCACAAGCAAUUGAAGUGACAAAGUGAGAAGGAGGACAAACUUCAACUACCUCGGCUUCGUAAAGCACCCCAAGCUCCAAACCUUAAUCCCAGCUUCGCAGGUUAAAGGAUUUCUCACCAACUUUGAAGCUGGUUCCGCAUAGUGCCGCUUGAUAACCUCAAAGCCGACCCGGGGCUGCUCCUUGACUGGCGACCACCGGUGUGUCUGACUUGGUGGCUGAAGGUUCGCGUGCCACAUGUGACACUUGUGUUUGAACGGAUGGCAGACCGGAUGGCAGGGCCGAUUGCGGCCCAACGGCGAGGUUAAUUGCAAGGCCGGUGUUUGAUGAAAGUGGGGAACCUCAGAGGAAGCUGCAAGGAUGAAGUGGGAGCCAUAGUAGCCUUUCAGAAGACGCUGGAAACAGGCGAACGUCUGUACGACAAAGGUGAACGUGAUCUUUUGGUGGCAACUUGCUAUUCUUACUUUGGACACUAUCUCUGUGGCCUGAAGCAUCGAGGACGUGGGUGGAGAGAGGAAUUCCAUGACUUCGGAAAAGGGCUCCAGAUGCUACGCCAGUCAUACGCCCUAAGCCAGGACCUAGGCAAUGCCCAUUUGCAGCUACAUGGACUCCGUAAUCUGGCUCGAGCGGAGUCCAAUGCUGGGAACACCGCGGAAGCCAGAGACUACUUUGAGAAGGCUGCUCUCUUGUUCGAGGAGACAUGGUGCCACUCCAAGAGAGACCGGUUUCGCUUGUUGCACCGCGACUCGUACCUGCACAUGGAGAUCAGCCAUGGCUGGCAGCGAGUUCUGCUUGAUGUUCAGGAGCCAGGGCAAGCACUUCUUGCUGCAGACAGGACUAGAGCGAGAGCGUUGGCACUUCUGUUGCAAGAGAAAGGACAGAGUAUUAGCACGUUUUGUGGAGACUGGAAUCUUUCAUGGCAGCACAUUGAAAGCCUUGUGAAGGAGAUUGGCUCAGCAAUUCUAUUCUAUUCCUUGCUGGAAGGCAGGUGUUUCAUUUGGGUCAUUAGCAGUCAGGGUGUCUUGCGGUGGCGUGUGGUAGACACGGUGGAUGCCUUGGAGGGGCAGCCUGGAGGUUUUUCGGAGUUCCUGCUGCGAAGUCGCAGUGCCAUGGGUAUCGGAUUUAGGGGCGACCCACCCAAGUCAGAGGAUUCAGACGGUCAAGAGGCUUGGGAGGAUCACGGUGAGAAUCGCAUGAAGCCAGAGACCUUGCGAACCUUAGAACGACGUAGGAAGCACAUGGCAGAGACAGAUGCAAAGCUGCGAAGAUGUUAUGACCUGCUCUACAAGCCUGUUGCUGAAUGGUUGAAAGGAGAGCAGCAUGUGUACAUUUGUCCAGACAGAGAUCUAUGGAUGGUACCUUUCUCUGCAAUGUUAGACGAAAGCAGGCGCUACCUUAUCGAGGUCCACACUUUAGUUUUGAUGCCGUCGAUCCACAUCACACGCAGUUUGUGUGCUGCGCAAACCGCUCUGCGUGUUCAGGCAGACUCAUCCUCAAGUGUUUUAAUUGGUGUUUCUGAAUUCAACAUGCCGCCAGCAGUAGAUGGAGAGAUUUUGGCCCCUUUGCCUGCAGUCAAAGAUGAAAACACCAAGAUUGGACAGACCUGCCAACAAGCAGGUUGCAAGGUCGUCAAGGUCCUUGAUGGCGAGGCCACUCUAACCAACAUACAACAAGCUGUGUGUGGUACGCACAGGUUCUUGCAUUUUGGCACACAUGGUCUGCUCGACCAAAAGGCACUAGCACUGCAUGGCGAACUGAACAAACCCGAAUCUGGUCUCUUGCGAGCUGUGACACAGCGCGAGGAGACACCGGAGCAGAUGGCGUGGUGGGUCUUAGCCGUGCCUUCAUGGCUGCAGGGACCCCGUGCACUGUGGCUUCUUUGUGGAAAGUAUCAGAUCAAUCCACUUUGACAUUCAUGCAUCUCUUGUACAAAGAGUGGCUGUGUGCAAAACUCCCUCUGAAAGUGGCGGCGCAGAGGGCUAUGUGCGAGAUGUUGCGCCAAAGGCGUUGGCCUUUGCCUGGACCGGCGUAUGCUCCUGCGCAAUGGGCUCCGUUCAUUCUGGCCCUUCUGUGACUUCGCACCCUGGGCGAAGUGCAGCAAGGUCUUGAUGUCUCCGCCAGGACGUUUCCUGCGGUACUUCGGCAUUGCCAAGGAAGGUCCGGCGGUAUGGGUGCCAAGAAAGGGUCAGAAGAGAAGUGUGAAUUGACCUGAGUGAUGGGUUGAAGGAAAAGCUAACGGAACUGGAGGAACUGCGACCUGUUUGGGGCAAACUGAGGCCUUUGAUGUAAGGGGUGAGUCAAGUCUUCAGAAAAUGUGAAGAUUUUAGACCCUGCGGAUAGGGGAGGAAAAAAAGAGAUUGGAGAUGAUUUGGUUCAUGUACUUUUCAUGAGUCCUGCACCGAACCAUGUGUGGACUGCUGACUGCUCAGCUCAGCCUUCAGCUUUCGAUGCGUGAUUGGAACAGGGCCGUUCGAGCCCCAGGGUUUUGCCACACCUGUUUUAAUCGAGACACUCACACACUUGAGGUGUAGAAAAGCGAGGGGGUGGUCAACAACAUGGCCCUUCUUCAUCAAAACAUGACAAGUUCAUCCUCGUGAAUCCUCGUGUAUGUACAUACCCUAUAUAUUAUAUAGCCUUCAAAGACCAUUAACCGAAAGUUUGAGAGCCAGUCUUGAAAUGUAAAGGCCUUAGUGAACCGAUGGUUGUUUGGUAGACCAUUCAAACAAUGUUUGCUGGAAUCUCAGGGUAUAUAUUUACAGAGUCAUCAGAUGUAAAGGCUUACGCCAGCCGGGCGCCGGCCGGGGCAGGGAGGAGAGACGGAAGGGACGAAACGGGUGGGAGACCCCAGCAGCAUCCGCCGGGAGGAGGAGGCCCACUGUCCUGUAGAGGUUGACCCUCCGACAUGUCCAGCCCAGAUGCUUCUCUCCGC